AUGCUGUGGCCACUCUUUUUCCUGGUGAAUUCUAUUCAUGCUGAACUCUGUCAACCAGAUGCAGAAAAUGCCUUUAAAGUGAGACUUAGUAUCAGAACAGCUCUUGGAGAUAAAGCAUAUGUCUGGGAUACAAAUGAAGAAUAUCUCUUCAGAGCAAUGGUGGCUUUCUCCAUGAGGAAAGUUCCCAACAGAGAAACAAAGAGUAAAAUUUCACAUGUCUUGCUUUGCAAUGUAACCCAGAGGGUAUCAUUCUGGUUUGUGGUUACAGACCCAUCAAAAAAUCAUACUCUUCCUGCUGUUGAAGUACAGUCUGCCAUAAGAAUGAAUAGGAACCGGAUCAACAAUGCCUUCUUUUUAAAUGACCAUACUCUGGAAUUUUUAAAAAUUCCUUCCACUCUUGCACCACCCACGGACCCACCUGUGCCCAUCUGGAUUAUUAUAUUUGGUGUGAUAUUUUGCAUUGUCAUAGUUGCAACUACACUACUGGUUUUAUCAGGGAUCCGGCAACGUAAAAGGAAGAACAAAGGACCAUCAGAAAUGGAUGAUGCAGAAGAUAAGUGUGAAAACACAAUCACAAUUGAAAACGGCAUCCCCUGUGAUCCCCUGGACACAAAGGGAGGGCACAUUAAUGAUGUCUUUAUGACAGAAGAUGAGCGACUCACCCCUCUCUGA